AUGCCAUAUUCCACCAAGGGCACUAGAUUGCUUCGAAAUCCACUGGCGGCGUCUGCAUAUUCCAUACCGAUCUAUGUCUCGUCGGCCUCACAAGAAGACCAGAAACGGAUGUCUUGGUUGCAAAAGGCGGCACAUAAAGAGAUUAGGUGUUCAUUUCUCGAUAACAACACGCCUUAUAUCACACCUGCCUUCUCCUGCACACCACCGGCGGGAUCUGGGGUUUCGUCUACUGGGGUGUCGACACCAACUCCAACGCCAUGGCCCGAGCACACCGUGAGCAACCAGGAACCGCUGGAUCCAUACAGUGUAAACAUGAUGCAUCUCGAGCUCUUCGAUAACCUCUUCAGCGAGGAAUGUUGCUCCAUUGAGGAACCAGGGCGACCAGAUCUCAUGACCACCCGCAUCUACGCAAGACAUGCUCUGACGAACCCGUAUCUAAUGCAUCAGAUGCUCGCCACAUCAGCCUUACACCUCAGCACGACAAAGACAGACACCCGCAGCACCUACCGCGAGUAUGCCACGGGUCUACAAAACCGCGCUUUGUGUCUUUUCAACGAAGCUAAUCCGGUGCUGGAAGUGACGCGCGCCAAUUGCGUGCGCAUGUUCCUGUUCUCGUCAGGGGUCGGACUCCACCUGCUGUGUGAAACAUUACACUACCAGAGAGACAGCCUCGAAAGUUUUGUUGAUAGGUUCACGCAUUGUCUGAGUGUCUACCGGGGUAUGCUCGCCGUCAUUGACGAGAGCCGCGAUCUGCUACUCGAGUCGGAGCUAGGACCGCGCCUAAAACUGACCCAAGCCCUCAUGGAGACCAGGGACGCGAAUGGGUCAGAAUGUGACAUACUUGGGACCAUGGUCAACACGGCAGUCAUAGCAUCGUGCUCUCGCAAGGCUUAUCAAGAAUCCAUCUCCCAUCUCCAGCGGGUCUUCAAUGCGCAGCGUGCUGCCGCGGGGACCAAGAUCGCAGUGCCCACAGUGCUUGCUUGGCCGGCGCUCGUCCCGUCCGAAUACGUCGACCUGUUGCGCCAUAGACAGCCGGAAGCACUCAUCAUCCUCGCGCAUUAUGCCGUUUUGCUGCACCGGUGCCGCGACCUGUGGCUGUUUGGCGAUAGUGGCCGAUUCCUCAUCGAGUCUAUAUGUCGGGACCUGGGCUCGCAGUGGCAGGAAUGGCUGAAGUUCCCCAACGCUGCCCUUGGAGAGAACUCGGGUACAUGA